GUCAAACAGGUUUCGCACUUCCUGGUGGUUUGACAACAGUUCGUCUCAGAGAAAACAAACAUGUCGGGUUUCUCCUCCGCGUGAAGCUGCUGCUCGUGGCUGUCAAACCGCUGCAGACCCGCGAGACUCCGCGGCAAACAGAAGGGGGAACCGGGAGCUAACGUGCUAAUGUGCUAAUGGACGUGUUGUUGCGCGUUUUGCCUCCAGACGUCGUUUCGCGUUCAGCUUCAGCGGCGGAGACGAGUGCUGACAUGUAGCUAAUGUGGAGUUUUUCUGAGAAGCAUCCUCGUCUCCUCCAGGUGUAGCAGUGUGGUUGUGUGUGUGUGUAGCUGUGUGGUUGUGUGUGUGUGUGUAGCUGUGUAGCUGUGUGUGUGUGUGUGUGUGUGAGAGAGCUCAGAGAAGAAGAAGGCCUCCGCUGUGUUGUGUGUUUGUUGUCUUCUUCUUCACUACGUUAGCAAACUGCUGGGGGGGGUUUGCGCUCAGUCGUUUUUUUUUUUAUUUUUCGAGAUAAGAGGAGCGCGACGUGACCAUGAGUUUCUUCAGCUUCGGACAAAGUGCAGAGAUCGACGUGGUGCUGAAUGACGCCGAGACGAGGAAGAAAGCCGAGCACAAGACCGAGGACGGGAAGAAGGACAAGUACUUUCUCUUCUACGAUGGAGAGACCGUGAGUGGGAGGGUGAACGUCACGCUGAAGAGUCCCGGGAAGAGGCUGGAGCACCAGGGCAUCAAGAUCGAGUUCGUUGGUCAAAUAGAGCUGUAUUACGACAGAGGAAACCAUCAUGAGUUUGUUUCGCUGGUGAAAGAUCUUGCGAGACCUGGUGAAAUAACUCAGUCGCAGACCUUCGACUUUGAGUUCACUCAUGUUGAGAAACCUUACGAGUCCUACACAGGCCAGAAUGUCAAGCUAAGAUAUUUCCUUCGUGCCACAGUGACUAGAAGACUAAAUGACAUCAGUAAAGAGAUGGACAUCGUGGUCCACACACUGAGCACUUACCCCGAACUCAACUCCUCCAUUAAGAUGGAGGUUGGAAUCGAAGAUUGUCUCCACAUCGAGUUUGAGUAUAAUAAAUCCAAGUACCAUCUGAAAGAUGUAAUUGUCGGAAAAAUCUAUUUCCUGUUGGUGAGGAUUAAGAUAAAGCACAUGGAGAUUGAUAUAAUCAAACGUGAGACAACAGGCACCGGCCCAAGUGUAUACCAUGAAAAUGACACUAUUGCCAAGUAUGAGAUAAUGGACGGCGCUCCGGUCAGGGGGGAAUCCAUUCCCAUCCGGUUAUUUCUGGCUGGUUAUGAUCUGACUCCCACGAUGCGAGACAUCAACAAGAAGUUCUCCGUGCGCUACUACCUGAACCUGGUGUUGAUCGAUGAGGAGGAACGACGCUACUUCAAACAGCAGGAAAUCACACUGUGGAGGAAAGGCGAUGUGGUCAGGAAAAGCAUGUCCCACCAGGCCGCCAUCGCCUCUCAGCGGUUCGAGGGCUCGGCGGCUUCAGAGAGCGCCCUGGAACAGGCGGCGAGGGAGGAGAGCGGGUAGAGCCGCCGAACCUCCUGUCUCCUCACACAAGACUCAUCAGCGUCUGCGUCGGAGAAGUGAAGGCACCCGUCAACCUGUACAUCAUCUCGUCAAGCAGCUGUUUUAUUGGGGAGGAAGAAGGGAGACAGACAUGUGACCAAUGAAACCGUUUGCAUGAGGCAUUAAAGUGGCGUCAGGCGGCCGGUCUUCACGUUCCUCAUUAAUACUUUCCUUUUUCUUUAUGGGAAUCAAACUAAUCACCUGUCGCGAUGUCCACUGUGUAAAAUGUUUCAUGUGAAGUUCAUGGAUUUUUAAGCCUUUUGUUACAUUUUCACGCUUUUUGGGGAUAAAAUUAUUUAUUUGUCUCUUAAUUAAUGCAACUUAAAUGUCAGGAGUUUCCAUCUAAAUGUGGCCGACAUUCCAUGUGUAAUAAACACAUUCCUAACAAUGCUAUUAGGUCAAGAUAUCUGAGAUAACUUUGCACUGCUAUGUCUUGCUGAACACCUUUAUCUCUUUGGGUUUGUGUUUGUGUGUUUGCAUAAAAAUAACCGUGGAAGUGGAAACUGGAAUCUUUUUAUUUUAACGUAUUUUCCAACACAUUUUUAAAAAUAACCUGUACAUAAGACCAGAUGAAUCCUGUUACCCUGUGCUAGGUUGUGUACACUGCUUCUACAGUACACGGUGCCACAAAAUGACCGUUCAUGUCCAUGUGCUUACCUCAGCAUUCCAGUGGUGUUAGGUAAAGAGUGUCACAGUGUUUGUAUUCAGAUCUGAUAGUAUGAAGUCCUCUUUAUCAUCUUUGUUAGAGACUUGAAAUUUGUGCCUCAGUGUAUCAAGCAAAUUAAAUCCUCCUGCCUCUAACAUGAUUUUAGUAUUUUAACCCAAGAGAAGUUACAGUAGAAUGAUCUAUCUUUUGCAAAAAUGCUAAUCUCUUACUCCUUGUCCCCAGAAGUCAAAUAAAUUGAUGCCAAAUGGAAAAACCUCAGAGUCUGUAUUGUUGAAGUAAAUGAAUGUGUUGAUGUGGUUAUGAAAAGACAUGGACAAAAUAAUAAAAAUAUCACGUGAA